AUGAACGCGCCCACAGUCACACGGAGGACGGCCUCGUCCGUCUGCCUCUCGUGCAGACGGUCAAUGCUGCGACAGUUCUCCUCAGCCCAGCGCCUGGCCUUCCCAGAGUUCCAGUCCUACCGCCUCAACCCUCAACCGCCGUCGCCACCGCGCAGCGCAGCCGGCCCAGACACCUCCAUCACCCACCCCAUCACCCCUCACCUCCCCAGAGUCCACGAGACACGCCCGCCGCCGUCGCUGGACGCCAGCAGCUGGACAUCGGUGCGUGAGGAGGAAGCCCAGACGUCCCAGCCCGGCUUCGCACGCCCGCAGUCAUCGGCGCCUGCCACGCCUCAACCGGAGCCGACCUCCCAAAGCGAGCCAGCCAAGUCUGCGACCGCGGCAUCAGCACCGCCUGCCGAACCCUCUGCGCCCAAGCCAAGGCCGCGCUCCAAGCUGCGCGCCCCACGGAAGGCAGCGCUCAAGCUGACGCCCGCCGCGGUGGACCAUUUGCGCGCACUGCUUGACCAGCCCGACCCCAAACUGAUCAAGGUUGGCGUGCGCAACAGGGGCUGUAGCGGCCUGGCCUACCAUUUGGAGUACAUCGACAAGCCGGGCACCUUCGACGAGACCGUGGAACAGGACGGCGUCAAGGUCCUCAUUGACAGCAAGGCCUUGUUCAGCAUCAUCGGCAGCGAGAUGGACUGGGUGGAGGAUAAGUUGAACCAGAGAUUCGUGUUCCGGAACCCUAAUAUCAAGGAGCAAUGCGGUUGCGGCGAAUCUUUCAUGGUAUAG